AUGGUGUCCUGCAAGAUCCUCUUGGCUUUAGCCUUGGUCACAGUCGCAUCCAGUACACCAACUUUCCUACAUCAUAACCACCAACAUCACCACGGUGGUCUUGGAAGGAUUGGACAUAAGUUCAAGUUCGGAAUUUCCGGAGCUCUCAACCUUUUCUUUAGGAAACACAGAACCAACGGACGAGUAUGUGAACCUAACACCCAUAAGCUUCUUCUAGGCUACAAGAAACCCCGCCACAUUAACGAUGUGUACGACCUGGUUCCUAACUUGAUCACAGGAAUUGGUGGCAUCGUGGACAAUCAUAUUAGUGGAUACGGAUCCUUGCUGGCGAGAUUGGUGAUUGCGUACAGCAGAAGUUCCGUGUGUCCUUACGCUUUGCAAAGAGGCGGACCUCUGCCCUCGCUCUGCUCUCGAUCAUUCCCACAGUUCGGAGUCCAGAAAUGCGGUCAAAACAUCAACGAGAUAUGCACCAAUUUCCAAGUGAACAACUCCGUCAAAUUGGUCACCGAAUUCAUCAACCGGUACACCAACGGAAAAGGAUUAAAUGCCACGUCAGGCGUCGUGUAUGUCCUUUUCAAGAUUGGUCUGGAAUUAGCUCAAGGACUCGAUGGCCGCCAGAUUAAUGAAAAAUCUUUCAGUUACGUGCUUGUACGUGUGUCUAUCAGUAUCGGUGCUUUCGCAAACAGCUUUAAGGUAGAUUUGGGUGCCUCUAUCUCGUUAGGAAUACUGAAGACUUGUCAUCCAAUUCUGCUGAAACACGGAUAUCCAGGUGUGCUGAACAUGUGGAAUGAAGUGAAGAACAUUAUUCACCCGUGCAAUGGACAUAAUGGACCUUUCAAGCACGACGACGGAAUAGAUGACGAUGACAGUCCCAAUGACGAUGGAGACUGGGAUGACGACGACGACGAUAACCAAAACCAAGGUCAGAACCAGGGUCAAAACCAAGGCCAAAGUCAAGGGCAGAACCAAGGUCAAAAUCAAGGACAGAACCAGGGUCAAAACCAAGGACAGAACCAGGGUCAAAACCAAGGCCAAAGUCAAGGUCAAAACCAGGGACAGAACCAGGGUCAAAACCAAGGACAGAACCAAGGUCAAAACCAAGGACAGAACCAGGGUCAAAACCAAGGACAGAACCAGGGACAGAACCAAGGUCAAAACCAGGGACAGAACCAAGGUCAGAACCAGGGUCAAAACCAAGGACAAGGACAAGGCCAGAACCAAGGACAGGGACAAAACCAAGGCCAGAACCAAGGACAGGGUCAAAACCAAGGACAGAACCAGGGUCAAAACCAGGGACAAAACCAGGGACAGAACCAGGGUCAAAGCCAAGGACAGAACCAGGGUCAAAACCAAGGACAAGGUCAAAUUCACGGACAUGGGCACGGUCAUGAACAUGGACAUCACCACGGACACGGUCAUCAUGGUCAUGGCAACCACGGACAAGGACAAGGCCAAAACCAGGGUCAAAACCAAGCACAAAACCAGGGACAGAACCAAGGCCAAAACCAGGGUCAAAACCAAGGCCAAAAUCAAGGACAAAACCAGGGUCAAAACCAAGGAAAAGGUCAAAUUCACGAACACGGACAUGGCCAUAACCACGGUCAUGAACAUGGAAAUCACCACGGACAUGGGCACGGACACGGUCAUCAUGGUCAUGGAAACCAGGGACAAGGCCAGAACCAAGGACAGGGUCAAAACCAAGGACAAGGCCAGAACCAAGGACAAGGUCAAAACCAGGGACAAGGACAGGGCCAGAACCAAGGACAAGGCCAAAACCAGGGACAAGGACAGGGCCAGAACCAAGGACAGGGACAGAACCAAGGACAAGGCCAGAACCAAGGACAAGGUCAAAACCAGGGACAAGGACAGGGACAAGGCCAGAACCAAGGACAGGGUCAAAACCAAGGACAAGGCCAGAACCAAGGACAAGGACAGGGCCAGAACCAAGGACAGGGCCAGAACCAAGGACAAGGUCAAAACCAGGGACAAGGACAGGGCCAGAACCAAGGACAGGGACAGAACCAAGGCAAAAACCAGGGUCAAAACAAGACAAGUCAAUUCACAACACGAAUGCAUAACACGUCAUGA